AUGCAUAAAGCACUAUCCCGAGCUGGUCUUUAUCAAACCUCUCGAAGAAGCCGAAAUCAGAUUUGGCCACUACGCGUUGGUCAAGUAAUCGCAAAACAACAGCUUAAUAGUACUAAAUUUGGGGACUUAUCAACGAUAGCAACGGUCUCAGGGCAGAAAGUUGGCUACGGAGAGGAUCACACAAAAGAGAAGAUGCUUAGAUUUGAAGAUUCACUUCCUCGGCUUCCAGUACCAAGCCUUGGAGAAACUGCUAUCCGUUAUUUAAGAUCAGUUCAUCCGCUUCUUAGUCCUACUGAAUAUGAAAAAACGGAACAGGCAGUUAAAGAAUUUAUUAAGCCUGGUGGAAUCGGAAGUCAUUUACAAGAAAGAUUACUUGCUCGUCAGAAAGAUCCAAAAGUAAGGAAUUGGAUUUAUGAAUGGUGGAACGACGCAGCAUAUCUUUCCUACCGAGACCCAGUUGUCCCAUAUGUCAGCUACUUUUAUUCCCAUCGAGAUGACCGUCAUCGACGAGACCCUUCCAAGAGAGCUGCUGCUAUCAGUACUGCUGUCUUAGAAUUCAAAAGACAAGUAGAUGAAAAGACCUUGGAACCUGAAUACAUGAAAAACCUUCCCUUGUCAAUGGAAAGCUAUCAAUGGAUGUUUAAUGCGUGUCGAAUCCCUAAGAAACCAAGUGACCAACCCGUUAAGCAUUCACAUAUUGAAAAUAAACAUAUUUUGGUGAUUCGAAAGAAUCAGUUUUUCAAGGUUUAUCACGAUGUAGAUGGUCAGCAGCUCAACACUUCCGAGCUGGAGAUGCAAUUUAAGCGCAUCCUCGAGAUAGCUAAAAGCGUUCCAGCUGUUGGGGCUCUUACUAGUGAAAAUAGGGACGUAUGGGCAGAUGCUAGAAAUCUUCUCCUCAGAGUCCAUCCGACAAACGCUGCAGCCCUUGCGAUCAUUGAGUCAGCAUCUUUUGUCGUCUGCUUUGAUGAUGCCUCUCCUAUUACUCUGGAAGAGAGAGCUCAUCAAUAUUGGCAUGGUGAUGGCUGCAAUCGCUGGUACGAUAAACCUCUUCAGUUCAUUGUCAAUAAUAAUGGUACAUCCGGUUUUAUGGGUGAGCAUUCUAUGAUGGAUGGAACCCCAACUCAUCGCUUAAAUGAUUAUCUAAAUGAGGUCAUAUUCAAGAAUAAGCUUGACCUCUCCGAUGCGUCUAUCCGCUCUAAUCUUCCUGAUCCUUAUGAAAUUAAGUUUCAUCUCAACAAAGAAAUACAAACUGAGAUUGAGCGCGCGCAAAAAGAUUUUAGAAAAGUUAUCUCCGAGCACGAGCUUAGUGUCCAGGCCUACGAGGGUUACGGAAAGGGUCUUAUUAAAAAGUUCAAAUGUUCCCCAGAUGCUUUUGUGCAAAUGAUUAUACAGCUUGCCUACUUUAAGAUGUACGGUAAAAAUAGACCAACCUAUGAAUCAGCUGCAGUACGUCGCUUUCAGCAGGGCCGGACUGAGACAUGUCGUUCUGUAUCAGAUGAAUCAGUGAUAUUUUGCAGGGCCAUGUCUGACGCCUCCCUGGAACCAUCUAAAGUUGUCGCACUAUUUCGUAAGGCUAUUGACGCUCAUGUGGAAUAUAUCACUGCAGCAACAGAUGGAAAGGGCGUAGACCGCCAUCUUUUUGGACUCAAGAAACUAUUAGCUCGUGAAGAAGAACUGCCAUCAAUAUAUAAAGACCUUGCGUAUUCAUAUAGCUCCAAAUGGUUUCUCUCUACUAGUCAACUUAGCUCCGAGUAUUAUAAUGGCUACGGAUGGAGCCAAGUCGUGGACGAAGGUUGGGGUAUUGCAUACAUGAUAAACGAAAACAGCAUAAAUUUUAAUGUAGUUUCGAAGGGUCUCGGUAGUAAGCGUAUGAGCUUCUUUUUAAACGAAGCUGCAAGUGACUUGAGAACCCUCUUGCUCCCCACACUAGAAAAUCCAAGGCCCAAGCUGUAA